AUGACCACUUUGAGCAAUCUCGAUAUUUUGGGCCAGCUUGGCUGGACCAUGCAGUUGAUCCACAACUCGACGGGAGGGCGCGUCCCCAAGUUCUGGCGUCCCCCCUAUGGCGACUCUGACCGUCGUGUCAGUGCGAUCGCCAAGGAGGUGUUUGGACUGACCACUGUCAUCUGGAAUCAAGACACCAUCGACUGGAACGCGCCUGACGCUGCCCAUAUCCAGGCGUCCAUGACCGGAUUCUUGGCCAGCCCUAAGAGCCCCGGUCUCAUGAUCCUCGAGCACGAAAGCAAGGACAUCACCGUCGCAGGCUUCAUCCAGUCCUACCCCAUGAUCGCCAGCAACGGGUGGAACUUUGCCUCGCUCGCCCGUGUCAUUGGGGACGGUCGCGCGUACCAGAACGCCCAGAGCUCCUCGUCCAACGACGUCCAGGACUCGGACAUCCUGGCGGGCAACGGCUCUGGGUCCUCUGGAUCCUCGGCGCCUACGACUCGUGCGUCGUCGACCUCCGCGGCGCCUUCCACCACCUCCAGCGCGACCACUACGACGGCGUCCACGAGCCAAACCGCGCAGAACCAGGCGCCCAGCGCCACCACGUCCCAGAGUGCGGCGCUCGCCUUCCGCCACGACUUCUCCAGCGGCACCCUCUCCGCUCUCUUCUCUCUCGCCGUCGUCGCUUUCUCGAGUGCUUUCCUGCUGUAA